CUUCGACUCAUCUUGCCUCGAAAGCCCGCACUGGACCCUUUUGACACUGCGAUCAUGGCCGGCGACCGCUCUGCGCGUCAGGAUACGUCCCAUAUGAGCUCAGGAACUCCGUCGAGCACGAAGAAUUCCCACAAGAGGAAGAGAGACCGCGAUGGCUCCACCGUCGCUACCUCGACACCCACGCCGACCAAGAAAUCCAAGAAGGAUUCGAAUACUGCAGCCGAGUCCACCCCGUCCCAAGAAGCCCGCAAGAAAAGAAAGCGAUCCCUCGCGGCAGACGACAGUAUUGUUCCGGAAACCGCGACCCCGAAAGAGAGUGCUGUCUCGCCGGUCCGCAGCGAAGCGACUACUCCAAGCAAGGACCGCCAGCUCGCUAAGGACAAGAAGAAAUCGAAGAGCUCGAAGAGACGGACACCAGGAGAUGAUAUCGACACGCCUGAAAAGGCUACGGAUCUAGGAGAACGCGCUGAGGAGGAUGUGGAGAAGAAAAAGAAGAAGAGCGCUAAGGACUCGAAGAAAUCUGCUCGGGCCUCCGAAGCUAGUCAGGAUGAUGAUGGCGACGCGAAAUCGAAGGACAAGUUUGCCGGUAUCAGGUCAAAGUUCGAAAAGUCGAUGAAGGCAAGAGAGCUGGAGAAGACACGCAAAAAGGACACCGACGAUGCCGAAGCUUCAGAAUUAUUGACGGCGGAACCAGUUGUCGCGCACGGCUUGGAGCCCCUGCCACAGCCUGAGCAGGUUCCUGAGGUGUUCGAGAAGCCCACAUACUCAUCUCUUCCCGCAUGGCUGGCCAACCCCUUGCGGACGUCAGCCACUGAGAAGAAGAAGUUCUCGGAACUGGGCAUCGACUCAAAUCUCCUUCAAGUGCUGGAGGAUAAUGGCUACAAGGAGGCAUUUGCCGUACAGUCGACGGUCAUUCCUUUGCUACUACAAGGACCUAAGCACCACCCCGGCGAUGUCUGUGUCUCUGCAGCCACCGGUUCCGGAAAGACUCUAUCCUACGUUCUACCCCUGGUCACCGCGCUCGAGCAGAUCCCUGCGCCUCGGCUGCGUGGUCUCAUUGUCGUUCCGACAAGAGAACUCGUCAAGCAGGCCCGCGAGGCGUGUGAGCUUUGCGUUGCCGGGUCUGGCCUCCGCGUGGGCUCGGCCGUUGGUAAUGUAGCCAUCAAGGACGAGCAGCGCUCGCUAAUGCGCAUCGAUCAGGUGUACGGGCCCGCAACCUUCCAACGGCGCCAGAAUGUCGAAAUGAGCGGGGACGACUGGACCAACUUCAACCUGCAGGACUACAUCUCCGAUGCGGUGGAUUCGAGCGAGGCUCUGCCGGGGUACGUUCAUCGUUCGGAACCGAAUGUCGACAUCCUAAUUUGUACCCCCGGUCGACUCGUGGACCAUAUUCGCUACACCAAAGGCUUCACGUUGAAACACCUCGAAUGGCUCGUGAUCGACGAGGCCGAUCGACUGCUCAACGAGAGCUUUCAGGAAUGGGUUGAUGUGGUGAUGAACUCGCUGGAUGCGCGCAAAAGCCCCGAAGCGUUCGGCUUCAGCGGAACCUUCCUGUCGGAGCUGGGCCUGCCCAUCCGAAGCAAAGAGCCCAGAAAGGUGGUUCUGAGUGCGACGAUGACGCGGGACGUGACAAAGUUGAACUCCCUCCGACUCGCAAACCCGAAGCUGGUCAUCGUCGGCUCCGCCGAGGCGGCGGCCGCUGCCGGCGAGGACGAGAGUGGCGUGAUUGCCGGUGCCGACGAGCAGUUCACCCUGCCCCCUACCCUGAAGGAGCACUCGGUGUCGGUGGGCGAUGGGUCGCUGAAGCCGCUCUACCUCUUGCGCCUGCUGCUCUCCCAUAUCCGCAUCAACGGGGCCAAGCCAGCCGCCAAGACCACUUCCGAAUCCGAUAUUUCUGACGAGACCUCCUCCGACGAGACAUCUUCAGACGACGAGACUUCCUCCGACGAGUCCAGCUCAGACGAUUCCGAUUCCGAUUCGGACUCGGACUCGGACUCGGACAGCGACAGCGACUCCGAUACGUCUAGUUCGGGCUCGGACUCCGACAGCGACUCCGAUUCCUCCGACAGCGACAGCGAUUCCGACAGCGACUCCGACAGCGACUCCGACAUCUCCACCUCCACCCCCGCAACCAAACGCACCAAACCCCAAACCUCGAUACCCUCAACCACCUCAACAGUGCUAAUCUUCACCAAAUCCUCCGAAUCGGCAUCGCGUCUCGCGCGUCUCCUCGCGCUACUCGACCCAACCCUGACACCACGGAUCGGCACGAUCAUCAAAUCCAACAAGUCGUCCGCGUCGCGCAAGACACUAAGCGCCUACCGCCGCGGCAAGCUCUCGAUCAUCAUCGCGACGGACCGCGCGUCGCGCGGCCUGGACCUGCCGCGGCUGAGCCACGUGGUCAACUACGACGUGCCGACCAGCGUGACGACGUACGUGCACCGGGUGGGCCGGACGGCGCGCGCGGGGCAGACCGGGUCGGCGUGGACGCUGGUCGCGCACCGCGAGGGCAAGUGGUUCGCGCAGCAGAUCGGGCUCGCGACCUCCGACAAGAUCGUGCGCGUCGGCGACAGCACCGCUAAUAAGAAGGUGGAUCGCGUGUCGGUCAGUCUGGAGGGCAUGAAGGAGAUGCGCAAGCGCUAUGCGGAGGCGUUGGACGCGUUGGAGACGGAGGUGCGGAGCGGGAGCGCGAGGACACCGGGUGGGGUAGAGAAGAAGCAGGCGCAGAAGGUCUGAAUCUCGGCUUCGGAUCUAUAGUAAUUUUGCAUGCUUAUCUCUACUGGGUGGUUUUUUUUU